UUCAUGGCUAACUCACACAACGUUACUGAAUUCAUUCUUCUGGGACUUUCUCCUAGGCAGGAGGUGCAGAAGGCUUGUUUUGUGCUAUUUCUGCUCUUGUACACAGCCAUCGUGCUGGGGAAUUUCCUCAUCGUGCUCACAGUCUUGACCAGCAGAAGCCUCAGCUCUCCCAUGUACUUCUUCCUGAGUCACCUGUCCUUUGUGGAGAUCUGCUACUCCUCUACCACAGCCCCUAAACUCAUCUCAGAUCUGCUGGCUGAAAAGAAAUCCAUUUCUCUGGGGGGCUGCCUAGUACAGGUAUUCUUUCUCCAUUCUUUUGGGGGCACUGAAAUGUUUCUGCUCACUGUGAUGGCCUAUGAUCGCUAUGUGGCCAUCUGCAAACCCCUCAACUAUGUCAGCAUCAUGAACCGGCAGGUGUGUGCUCUGCUGGUGGUCUUAGCCUGGCUGGGGGGUUUAGUGCACUCCUUAGCCCAAAUCCUCCUCAUCUUCCACUUGCCCUUCUGUGGGCCCAAUGUGAUUGACCACUAUUUCUGUGAUGUGCUUCCCCUGCUCAAACUUGCGUGCUCUGACACCCUGCUCACUGGUGUGCUGAUUGUUGCCAACGGAGGCACCCUGUCUGUGAUCAGCUUUGUCGUCCUCUUGUCCUCUUAUGUGGUCAUCCUGCUCCACCUGAGGGCCAGAAGCUCUGAGGGGCGACGCAAGGCCCUUUCCACCUGUGGGUCCCACAUCACUGUGGUUGUCUUGUUCUUUGGGCCCUGCAUCUUCAUUUACCUGAGGCCUUCUGACACCUUGUCUGUGGACAAGAUGGUGGCUGUGUUCUACACAGUGAUCACUCCACUCCUCAACCCAGUCAUCUACUCCCUGAGAAAUGCUGAAAUGAAGAAGGCCAUGCAGCGACUGUGGAUUCGGACAAUGAAGCCAGAGGAGAAAUAG